CGGGAUGAUCAGUUAAUUCCAUAUUUUACCAUUAAAUAUAGUGAAAAUAAAGUGAAGUCCGCUGAAACAUUUCCUCUGGAAGCUGACCGGACCGGAAGUAGUGUAGCCUCACCAGGCGGCUCGUGCUAUAUUUAAGUAGCACUUCUUCGGCUUUGUUUAUCGAGCCUUGGUCAUGACUUCUGUUGAAGAUGAGGAGGACCCGUUCCCUGUGGAGGACUGUCUCUUUACUGAGACAUUCUCUCAGGACAUUGUGUACAACCUGAUGGGCGAAGACCUGCGGAUAAAACAGGUGUUCGGCGCCAACCUCGGCGUGGCUGCUCCGGUCUGGGAAGCUGCGUUACACCUGUGUCGUUACCUGGAAGAACAGUCAGUGGAGUUGAGAGGAAAGCGGGUUAUAGAGCUGGGAGCUGGUACAGGUGUUGUCGGGAUUUUAGCUGCACGCAGAGGUGCUGACGUGACCCUUACAGACCUACCUGUGGCUCUCCUACAGCUUCAGGCCAACGUCUCUGCCAACAAACCCCCUGAUGGUUGGCCAUCUACCCCUCCCACCAUCCUCCCUCUGUCCUGGGGCCAGGAUCACCUAAACUUCCCCUCUGACUGGGAUCUGGUGCUUUGUGCAGACAUCGUCUACCUCCCAGAGACGUACCCACUGCUGGUGGAGACGUUGGCUCAUCUAUGUAAAAAUGGAGCUGUGGUGCUUCUGUCGUCCAAAAUGCGCAAAGAACACAAAACUCCAAGUUUCUUUGAGGAGUUCCUGCCGAGCAGAUUUGACGUGGAGCUUGUGCAUCGUGACGAUAAACAAAACAACAACAUCUAUAGGGCAUUUCCACUGUGAUAGUAGGACUCAGUUAUUAUUGAGAUACUUUGUUGCAGUUGAACCAGUGUUUCAGAUCAUGUUGAAACAUAAUGUAUUUAUAUUUUCACUCUGGAUAUUAUAUUAACAGAUUAUGUUUUUACAAAUAAAAAGUUCUGACAAC